AUGCAACAAGAACCACUCAUGCAACAAGAACCGCUCAUGCAACAAGAACCACUCAUGCAACAUGAACCACUCAUACAACAAGAACCACUCAUGCAGCAAGAACCACUCAUACAACAAGAACCACUCAUGCAGCAAGAACCACUCAUACAACAAGAACCACUCAUGCAGCAAGAACCACUCAUACAUCAUGAACCACUCAUACAACAAGAACCACUCAUGCAACAUGAACCACUCAUGCAACAUGAACCACUCAUGCAACAUGAACCACUCAUGCAACAUGAACCACUCAUGCAGCAAGAACCACUCAUACAACAAGAACCACUCAUGCAACAAGAACCACUCAUGCAACAAGAACCACUCAUGCAGCAAGAACCACUCAUACAUCAUGAACCACUCAUACAACAAGAACCACUCAUGCAACAUGAACCACUCAUGCAACAUGAACCACUCAUGCAACAUGAACCACUCAUGCAACAUGAACCACUCAUGCAACAUGAACCACUCAUGCAACAAGAACCACUCAUACAACAUGAACCACUCAUACAACAAGAACCACUCAUGCAGCAAGAACCACUCAUGCAGCAAGAACCACUCAUGCAACAUGAACCACUCAUGCAACAUGAACCACUCAUGCAACAUGAACCACUCAUGCAACAUGAACCACUCAUAAAGCAAGAACCACUCAUGCAACAUGAACCACUCAUGCAACAUGAACCACUCAUGCAACAUGAACCAAUCAUACAGCAAGAACCACUCAUACAACAAGAACCACUCAUGCAACAAGAACCACUCAUGCAACAUGAACCACUCAUGCAGCAAGAACCACUCAUGCAGCAAGAUCCACUUAUGCAGCAAGAACCACUCAUGCAACAUGAACCACUCAUACAACAAGAACCACUCAUGCAACAUGAACCACUCAUGCAACAAGAACCACUCAUGCAGCAAGAACCACUCAUACAACAUGAACCACUCAUACAACAUGAACCACUCAUACAACAUGAACCACUCAUGCAACAUGAACCACUCAUGCAGCAAGAACCACUCAUGCAACAAGAACCACUCAUGCAACAUGAACCACUCAUGCAACAUGAACCACUCAUGCAACAUGAACCACUCAUGCAACAUGAUCCACUCAUGCAACAUCAUCCACUCAUGCAACAUGAACCACUCAUGCAACAAGAACCACUCAUGCAACAAGAACCACUCAUGCAGCAAGAACCACUCAUGCAACAUGAACCACUCAUGCAACAAGAACCACUCAUGCAACAAGAACCACUCAUGCAACAUGAACCACUCAUGCAACAUGAACCACUCAUACAACAAGAACCACUCAUGCAACAAGAACCACUCAUGCAACAAGAACCACUCAUGCAACAAGAACCACUCAUGCAACAUGAACCACUCAUGCAACAUGAACCACUCAUGCAACAUGAACCACUCAUGCAACAAGAACCACUCAUGCAGCAAGAACCACUCAUGCAACAUGAACCACUCAUGCAGCAAGAACCACUCGUGCAACAUGAACCACUCAUGCAAUAA